UCAGCACUCGCUUCUAAACCUUUGCGAGUAGCUACUAGCUAGUCCUAUGAAUCGAUUUCCGAACCACGACAACACAACGUGAAACAAAAAUGGAGCAAUCGGUUGGUUCACUGCAGGAACAAGCAUUAAAAAGGAAAGAAAGACUCAAAGCUUUGAGAGGUCGACAACUUCAAGUGAGAGAUGGAGAGGACGGGGAGCCAGACAGGAAGAGGGACCGGGCCGAGGAGGAAGCUGAAGAGGAGCGACACAG